AUGGGCAUCAAAGGAAUUCGUACUGCUCUCAAGGUCGAUCUCGACAAGCCUGCAAGUGAGCAGCCCGGUUUGCACAACAGAUGGCACCCUGACGUCCCAGCCUGCAGCAAGAUUGCAAACAACGAAGUCGUCAAGAUCGAAUGUCUCGAUUGGACAGGAGGACAAAUCGGGAACAACGACUCCGCUGAUGACAUCAAGAACGUUGACCUCAGCCAUAUUCAUUAUUUAUCGGGACCAUUCGACAUCGAAACCGCCGAGCCUGGCGAUGUCUUGCUCGUUGAGAUUCAAGAUGUACAGCCAUUCGAAGAGCAGCCGUGGGGGUUUACGGGUGUCUUUCAUAAGCAGAAUGGAGGAGGAUUCUUGGAUGAGCUUUAUCCAGAGGCAGCAAAGGCAAUUUGGGACUUUGAAGGCAUCUUCUGCUCGUCUCGGCACAUUCCCCACGUUCGAUUUGCAGGAUUAAUUCAUCCUGGAAUCAUGGGUUGUGCUCCUUCGGCCGAGGUUCUGGCUGAAUGGAACCAUCGUGAGGGCGAGCUCAUCGCUGCCAACACGAUCGCGGAUCGCAUUGUUGCCCAGCCACCCCUGGUUACGAAUACCCAUGCCGGAAGUGCUUCGGAGGAUAUCAAGGCUAAGAUUGCCAAGGAGGGAGCUCGCACUAUUCCAGGCCGUCCCGAACACGGCGGAAACUGUGAUAUCAAGAACCUGUCCCGCGGAUCAAAGGUAUACCUACCCGUCCACGUCCCAGGCGCCAAGUUCUCUGUCGGAGAUCUUCACUUCUCGCAAGGAGAUGGCGAGAUCUCAUUCUGCGGAGCCAUCGAGAUGGCUGGUAUCGUCACACUCAAGUUCUCCGUCAUCAAAAACGGCAUGGCGAAACUGGAUAUGAAGUCCCCCAUUUUCAAUGCCGGACCUGUGGAGCCGCAGUUCGGUCCUGGAAGAUAUCUCACCUUUGAAGGAUUUUCAGUUGACGAGAAUGGCAAGCAGCACUACUUAGAUGCGACUAUCGCUUAUAGACAGACUUGCCUGCGGGUCAUUGAGUAUCUUCGACGCUAUGGCUAUAGCGAUUAUCAGAUCUACUUGCUACUCAGUUGCGCACCUGUGCAAGGACAUAUUGCUGGCAUUGUGGAUAUUCCUAAUGCUUGUACUACACUCUCUGUUCCGAUGGAUAUCUUUGACUUUGAUAUUCGGCCUGAAGCGGAUGUCGUCAAAAAGGAUAUGGGGGCUUGCGCCUUUGUGAGCAAGUAA